GCCAAAUGUGUAGUUGUACUAUUUCCUACAGCCGGCGAACGCAGCACCAGGUCGGUUUCUACGGCAACGCCUGACAACAGAGAAGACGAUGGUUUACAUCACAGAGGACAUGGUCCGCCGACGGGCCGAGCACAACGAGUGCGAGAUCUUCUCCCUGGAGGAAGUUUCUCUGCAUCAGCAGGACAUCGAGAGGAUCCAGCACCUCGACAGGUGGUGCAGGGACCUGAGGAUCCUCUACCUGCAAAACAACCUCAUCCCCAGGAUAGAGAAUCUCGGUCGCCUGAAGAAGCUGGAGUAUUUGAAUCUGGCCUUGAACAACAUUGAAGUCAUUGAAAACCUUGAAGGCUGUGAGAGCCUCCAGAAGUUGGAUCUGACUGUGAACUUUGUGGGCCGUCUGAGCAGCGUGGAGUCUCUGAAGCGCAACGUUCACCUCACAGAGCUGUUUCUGGUGGGGAACCCCUGCGCUGAGUUUGAGGGCUACAGGCAGUAUGUGGUGGCCUCUCUGCCUCAACUCAAGUGGCUGGACGGGACGGAGAUCAGCCGGUCGGAGAGGAUUCGAGCCUCUCAGGGACUGGAGGAGGUAAAGAGGCAAGUCUGGGAGCAAGAGAGGGAAUACCUGAAGAGAAGAGCCAGGGAGAAAGAGGAGGCGCAGAGGAAGGAAGCAGGAGAGGAGAAAGGAAACAAGGAGAGGAAACCAGGCUUCGAUGGCCGCUGGUAUACUGACAUCAACAACACAGAUCCAGGGUUGGAGGAGAAUAAGGUGAACCAGGAGGUGGAGGAGAAGCCGAAUAUGAUGAGCCCUGACGUGGAUGGUGAGCGGCGGGAGAGAGAGUUCUGGCACAAGCCGUGUUCAUUCACCCCCGAAUCUCGUCUGGAGGCUCACCGCCACCUGGAGGAGAAGAGGAAGGCGAAGGAAAAGGAGAAAGAGAAGAAGCCGAAGGCCCCGAGGACGCUGAUCACUGCUGAUGGACGAGUCAUGAACGUCAACGAGCCCAAGCUGGACUUCCUUCUAACUGAAGAUGAAGAAAACAACACCAUUGUCUUAGACCUGGCAGUUUACAGACACAUGGACACCUCCUUGAUAGACGUAGAUGUUCAGCCAAUGUACGCCAGAGUCAACGUCAAAGGAAAGAUAUUUCAGAUGGUUCUGCCUGCUGAAGUAAAGCCUGACAGCUCGACAGCUCAGAGGUCCCAAACCACCGGACACCUGGUCCUCACCAUGCCGAGGGCUGAAGGUGAAAUCAAAGUGACAAAGACCAUCCCACGUCCGCCCAGAGCGUCUCAAACCAGACACAGCAAAUCGCCUGACCACAAUGAAAGAAAAGACAAUGUUCCUCAGAGGCUGGAGGUGGACCCCAGCAGGCACACAGCCAUUGACCUUGCCAACAUCGUACCGCGGCAGAGCGCCAAAGAAGGUCCGCUAGAAAUGUCCAGGAUGGCUCCACCUGCCGCCACAGGCCACAGCAGCUUCUCUGAAGGGUUUGUGGACAACCCUGAUGUCCCCCCAUUGAUAUGAGACUUAACAUUGAAAUAGAAAGAAAUAACAUUGACCACUAAGGAGGGACGCAACUGUUCUCUAAGCCUCGUUUCAGAGUGUUUGAUCCUGUAACCUUUCAAGUAAAAGGUGCAGACAACUGGGGAGCUUUGAAUGGCUGUAUUAAACAAAUAAUUUAUGGGGGUAAAUAGACUGAAUCAGAAUCACCCAAAAUCAGUCAACCAAGUUGCUAAUGGCGCUAACACUGUGAAACUGCUGAGAGAUAGAAAUUUGAGACGUCUUUCAGAGGUGUUUGAAAGAUAAUACCAGUUACUUUCAUAGUAUUACAAACAAGUAAAGCUUUUAGAAUUAACUGGACCUCUGGAUAACUUUGUGUUUCCUGUCACAGCUCACUAAAAGAGUCAAUAAACCUACAAGCCACUGACGACA